AUGGGGAACCAGGAUGGGAAGCUGAAGAGGAGCGCAGGUGAUGCCUUGAACGAAGGCGGCGGUGGUGCCGAGGAUGUUGUUGGGCCCAGGGAUGUGGAGGCUACAAAGAAAGUGAGUGGGGGCAAGAAGGCGUUGGGCAAACAUGGCAAGGGGGGAGGGGGCGGCAGCGGAGAGCCAGGCAAGAAGAAGAGCAAGUCGGACUCUAGAGCCUCGGUGUUUUCCAACCUGCGGAUCAGGAAGAACUUGUCCAAGGGGAAAGGCGCCAGUGGCUCCCGCGAGGAUGUGCUGGACUCCCAGGCCUUGCAGACUGGGGAGCUGGACAGCGCUCACUCGGUGGUCACCAAGACCCCAGACCUCAGCCUGUCGGCUGACGAAACGGGCCUGUCGGAUACCGAGUGCGCGGACCCUUUUGAGGUGACUGGUCCAGGUGGUCCUGGGCCGGCUGAGGCUGAGGUUGGUUUCCGUGCGGUUGUUGAGGAUUUGGAAGCUGCAGCAGGGGCGCAAGAUGGACAAAGGACCAGUUCGGGCUCAGACACGGACAUCUAUAGCUUUCACUCGGCUACGGAGCAAGAGGAUUUGCUCUCAGACAUCCAGCAGGCAAUCCGUUUGCAGCAGCAGCAGCAGCAGCAGCAGCAGCAGCAGCAGCAGCAGCAGCAGCAGCAGCAGCAGCAGCAGCUCUUCCAGUGCUCGGAGGAGCCUGCAGCGCCCCCCACCGUCGUCCCACCUCAGCCCGGGGCCUUCCUGGGCCUGGAUCGAUUCCUGCUGGGGCCGAGCAGCGGGGCUGCGGAGACCCCGGGCAGUCCAGACACUGAGCAGGCUUUAUCCGCGCUCUCGGACCUGCCGCAAAGCCUGGCUUCGGAGCCCCAGGUGUCCGAGCAUCCGCUGCCCCCGAGCGACUGCCUCGAUUUGGAGGCCCUCUCCAGCCCAGCAGCCCAACCGGCCGCGGCAGACUCGCCUUCGUCCACAGCUUUCCCGUUUCCCGAGACCGGGCCGGGGGAGGGCGCAACAAAAGCCCCCUUGCUAGGGGCAGAGGACACAGAUGAGGAAAGGGAGGAGGAUGCCUUUGAGGAUGCCCCUCGAGGCUCUCCAGGGGAGGACUGGGGCCAGGGGCUCAGAGAGACCCCGCAGAGGCCGGGAGAAGAACCUGAGGAGAGGGUGGCAAAGCCCGGGGCGCCCACGGCUGCCUCCCUCCCUGCCAGCCCUGCGCCGAGCCCGCGCUGCUUCAAGCCCUAUCCGCUUAUCACACCUUGCUACAUCAAGACCACCACCCGUCAGCUUAGCUCCCCCAAUCAUUCCCCGUCGCAGUCCCCCAGCCAAAGCCCCAGGAUUCAGAGACGCCUGGAAUCCUCCCUGAGCCGAGAGCCUAAAUCCUCUCUCGCUUCCGCGGUCGCCCCCGCCAAGAAGCACCGGGCCGACAGCGGCCUCGCGAGCGGCCUGAGCCGCUCCGCGGACUGGACAGAGGAGUUGGGUGCCCGCGAGCCCAGUGUGGGAGGCUCUGCGGAUGGCGUCAGCCGGGUGCCUCCAGCGCUGACGGGCAAGUCAUCUGGGGCGCAGGCUGCUGCGGAUGGCUUCCAGAACGUUUUCACAGGGCGAACUCUGCUAGAGAAGUUGUUUAGCCAGCAGGAGAGUGCGCCUCCAGAAGAAGCAGAAAAGUUCUGCUCCCGGAUCAUUGCCAUGGGCCUUCUGCUUCCUUUUAGUGACUGCUUCAGGGAACCGUGUAAUCAGAAUGCCCAGUCAAGUUCAGCUUCAUUUGAUCAAGAUCAACUUUACACUUGGGCUGCAGUUAGUCAACCCACACACUCACUGGAUUACACUGAAGAGCAGUUUCCGAGGCAAAUCCCAUCUGUUUGGCCUCUAUCUAAACCCCUCGAUGAAGACCACAGGCCCAAGGAUGCUGAAACAGAAUCUCAAUCUGCUGUUUUGGAAACUCCAGAAAAAAGUUCAGAUGCUCUACAGCAGAAUGUUUUUGACAUGAAGUCUGAGGGCCAGGCAACUGUGAUACAGCAGCUGGAACAGACCAUUGAGGAUCUGAGGACCAAAAUUGCAGAAUUAGAGAAGCAGUACCCUUCUAUGGACAUGGAGGUGGCUACGGGCCAUCAUGGGAUUGGUAAUGGAGUGAUGCCUGCAGAAGAUGUCAAUCUCAAAGCUCUCAGGUUAGGAGAAAAGGAUGCACAACAUCAAAGGAUUUUAGAGGCAAAAUCAAUACAGACUUCUCCCACAGAAGAGGGUGGACUGCCAACAGUAGCUUCUGUGAAAACACUGCCAGAGUGCUCUCCAUGCUCACUGGGGUCUGAGAGUGCAGAGUCAACCAUGCCAUCUUCAGAUUCUGGAUCUCAGACAAAAUUCUGCUCAGAGAUUUCCUUAAUUGUGUCUCCAAGGCUAAUAGCAGUGCAGCUUGACACACCUCAGUCCAUGCCAAGUGUAUCACAACCUCUACCACCUCUAUCCCAUCCAUUGUCAGAUGCUCAAGGACAGUCUGGAUCACAGCCUUCCCAUCCAUCUCUUAGUACUGACUUUGAAACCAGCCAUGAACAAUCUGCCUUCUCACCCUCUGAAAACAGCUGUAGCAUCCCACCCCCACCCCCUCUGCCUUGCACUGAGCCCUCCAGCUCCAUAUCUGGCUUGAGCAUGAUGGUUCCCCCACCUCAUCCUCUGCCAGGUGCAGAAAUGCUGCUAUCUCCUUUCCCACCUUUGCCUGGUGAGGGUGUACCCCCUCCUCCUCCUCCACCAGGUGUCCAACCUGCCUCUCCUGCCCUUCCUGAAUCGCUCAUUCCUCCCCUGCCGAGUGUAGGGAUACCUCCUCCCCCUCCUCUCCCUGGUAUGAGAAUACCCCCUCCCCCUCCUCUGCCUGGAGCGGGGAUACCCCCUCCCCCACCUCUGCCUGGAGCGGGGAUACCCCCUCCCCCACCUCUGCCUGGAGUGGGGAUACCCCCUCCCCCACCUCUGCCUGGAGUGGGGAUANNCCCUCCCCCACCUCUGCCUGGAGUGGGGAUACCCCCUCCCCCACCUCUGCCUGGAGUGGGGAUACCCCCUCCCACACCUCUGCCUGGUAUGGACAUACCUCCUCCUCCUCCUCUGCCUGGAGUUGGGAUUCCCCCACCACCCCCUCCUCUACCUGGUACUGGAAUUCCCCCACCUCCUCCUUUACCUGGUAUGGGGAUUAUACCUGCUCCAGCUCCUCCUCUACCUGGGACAGGAGUCCCUCUACCCCCACCACUGCCUUUGCCCCCUGGAUCAGGUCUUCCACGCCCACCUGAAGCAGGAAGUAGCACUUUACCAACACCCCAAGUAUGUGGAUUUCUUCCUCCUCCAUUGCCAGCUGGUUUAUUCGGAUUAGGCAUAAGUCAGGACAAAGGGAGCAGGAAGCAGCCAAUAGAGCCUUGUCGGCCAAUGAAGCCUCUUUACUGGACAAGAAUCCAACUACAUAGUAAAAGAGAUUCCAGUCCUUCACUUAUUUGGGAAAAAAUCGAAGAGCCAUCCAUAGAUUGUCAUGAAUUUGAGGAAUUAUUUUCUAAAACUGCUGUAAAGGAGAGAAAGAAACCUAUUUCUGAUACCAUCACAAAGACCAAGGCUAAACAAGUUGUCAAGUUAUUAAGCAACAAAAGAUCACAAGCAGUUGGAAUAUUAAUGUCUAGUCUUCAUUUAGAUAUGAAAGACAUACAACAUGCUGUUGUAAACUUGGACAAUUCUGUGGUUGACCUGGAGACCCUUCAAGCUCUCUAUGAGAAUAGAGCACAGUCAGAUGAGCUGGAAAAGAUUGAAAAGCAUGGCCGAUCAUCCAAAGACAAGGAAAACGCCAAGUCUCUGGACAAACCUGAACAGUUCCUUUAUGAACUAUCACUAAUCCCCAACUUUUCAGAGAGAGUCUUUUGCAUCCUGUUCCAGUCAACAUUUUCAGAAAGCAUUUGCUCCAUUCGUCGCAAACUGGAAUUACUACAGAAGUUGUGUGAGACAUUAAAAAAUGGCCCAGGGGUUAUGCAGGUUUUGGGUUUGGUUCUUGCCUUUGGCAACUACAUGAAUGGUGGAAAUAAAACUCGAGGACAGGCAGAUGGUUUUGGAUUAGACAUUCUUCCAAAGCUUAAAGAUGUCAAAAGCAGUGACAAUAGCAGGAGCCUUUUGUCAUAUAUCGUUUCAUAUUAUCUUCGAAAUUUUGAUGAGGAUGCUGGAAAAGAACAAUGUGUCUUUCCACUGCCAGAACCCCAGGACCUUUUUCAAGCCUCACAGAUGAAGUUUGAAGAUUUUCAAAAAGAUCUCAGAAAAUUAAAGAAAGACUUGAAAGCCUGUGAGGUUGAAGCGGGGAAAGUAUACCAGGUAUCCUCAAAAGAACAUAUCCAGCCUUUCAAAGAAAACAUGGAACAAUUUAUUAUUCAAGCUAAAAUUGACCAAGAGACAGAGGAGAAUUCACUGACAGAGACUCAUAAAUGCUUUUUGGAGACUACAGCCUAUUUCUUCAUGAAACCAAAAAUUGGAGAGAAGGAGGUGUCCCCAAAUGUUUUCUUCAGUAUCUGGCAUGAAUUCAGCUCUGACUUUAAAGACUUUUGGAAGAAAGAAAAUAAACUUGUUCUACAAGAGAGAGUAAAAGAAGCUGAAGAGGUGUGUAGGCAGAAAAAAGGAAAAUCACUUUAUAAAAUAAAGCCAAGGCAUGACUCUGGAAUUAAAGCAAAGAUAAGCAUGAAAACCUGAACAUUGAAAAGCAGAAUGAAAACUAGUCAUUUAACUACUUCCACCAAAAUCAGCUGACCUGAGGGCGGGAAGGAAACUACUUCGUUCUGAUCAUUUUUCUUCUUGACCUCUUGCAUAAUCUUUGUGCUUCUAGACAGUUCACUGAUUUUACUAUACUAUACAUUCAUAUAAAAUGCAAAAGCAGUAGACCAGUGGAGAAUUUUGACCUUUUCUUUUUGUAAAAGUAUAUGGUAUUAUACUGAUAGACCAAAACAGCAUGUAUAAGAGGCAGUAUCUGCAUUGAUUCUGAACAUGCUAAACAUUAAACUAAAAUUUACUGUUGUGAGAAUAUUCCUUGUCAAAGCAAAACACUUUCCUUUCUACUGACAGCCAGUCCUCCACAUCACUGCAUUUAGGUUUAUGG